CAAAACACGUGUGCCGCCUCACCGAGAAGCGCAGCACGUUUACAGCUCGUUACUCCACACACUGGGUAGUAAACAUGGGCAAAAAGCUGAAAGUAGGAAAGACCCGAAAAGACAAAUUUUAUCACUUGGCAAAGGAAACGGGUUAUAGAUCCCGUUCGUCUUUUAAGCUCAUUCAGUUAAAUCGUAAAUUCCAGUUUCUGCAGAAAGCCAGGGCUCUGGUGGAUCUGUGCGCCGCCCCGGGGGGAUGGUUGCAGGUUGCCUCCAAAUUUAUGCCUGUGUCCAGUCUCAUCAUUGGGGUGGACCUGGUCCCCAUCAGACCCAUCCCCAGUGUCGUUACACUGCAGGAGGACAUCACAACUGAGAAAUGCAGACAGGCUCUCAGAAAAGAGCUGCAGACGUGGAAAGCUGAUGUGGUGCUUAAUGACGGCGCGCCCAACGUUGGUGCCAACUGGCAGCAUGACGCCUUCUCUCAGGCUCACCUUACCCUCAUGGCGCUGAAGCUCGGUUGCGAGUUCCUCGUGAAAGGAGGGACGUUUGUUACAAAAGUGUUUCGCUCCAAGGACUACCAGCCCUUGAUGUGGAUCUUCCAGCAGUUCUUCAAGAAGGUGCAGGCCACCAAGCCCCAGGCCUCCCGUAACGAGUCCGCUGAAAUCUUCGUCGUCUGCCAGGGGUUUCUGGCACCGGACAAAAUCGACAACAAAUUCUUUGAUCCCAAGCAUGCAUUCAAAGAGGUCGAAGUUCAAGUGAAGACCGUCAAGGAGCUGGUCACCGUGAAGAAGCCCAGAGCGGAAGGCUACGGCGACGGCGACCUUACCUUGUAUCACACUUUCUCCGCCACUGAGUUUUUACGGACAGAGAACCCAGUGGACUUCCUGAGCAAAACCAGCGAGAUCACCUUUGACAGUCCUGAGCUGGAGUCGCACCCAGCCACCUCAGACGAGAUUAAAGAAUGCUGCAAAGAUAUCAAGGUCCUGGGAAGAAAGGAACUCCGUGUCCUGUUGUCGUGGAGAUCAAAGCUGAGGAGGUUUUUGGCCAAGAAACUGAGACAGGAGGCCAAGCAGUUGGACCAGGAAAUCAGCGUCGGCUCAAGUGAGGAUGAGAGCGACACUGAAAAGGGAGGCAAGAAAAAAACAGUGGACCGGAAAGAAGAGCAGACCGAGGAGGAGGAGGAGGAGAUGGAGAUGGAGAAGAAGCUGGCUGAGUUAAAAGCAGAGGAACUUGCAGAACUAAAGCGUAAAAAGAAAAGGCUCCUGAAAGAGCGGCGCAAGCAGAGGGAGAGGGUGGAGCUGAAGAUGGACCUGCCCGGCGCCUCCAUUGCCGAUGCUGGGGACUCCAGCAUGUUCUCCCUCGGCACCAUCAAAAAGGCCCAGGCCCUGGAUGCGGUAACCGCGGGCGACAUGAAAGGAGCCGACGCGCUGGCGGAGGAGUCGGGGGAGGAGGACUUCCACAUCUCGGAAUCGGAGAGUGACGGCGUCUCCCUGGCCUCGGACCUGGACGAGGACGACCUGGCGGAGAUCGAGGAGAACAUGAAGCAGCUGACGAAGAAGCUUCCAAAGAAGAAGGUGUCCUUCGCUGUGGAGGAGGAGGAGGAGGGAGAGGGGCAGGGCAACAGCCUGCUGGUGGAGCUGGAGGGCAAAGAUGAGAAGAGGGAGCGGGAGACCAGCAUGUGGUUCAGCAAGGGCAUCUUCGCCGAGCUGAACCUGGAUGGACAUGCAGACGCAGCGAGGGAACUCCAACAGAGCCAGUGGCUGCACAGCAAGCAUGCUGCAGGUGAGGAGACAGAGCCUGCUGAGGAGGAGGAGACAGAGCCUGCUGAGGAGGAGGGAAAGGCCACUCCCUCACAGGAAGCAGACGAGCCAGCAGAUGAAGGCAGUAAUGAAGACUCGGAUGACGAUGAUAGCAGUGAUGAUGAAGGUGACAUAGCAAGUAUGAAGAGGGCUGCAGCACCUGGUGAGAUCCCUGCAGAGGACGAAGACUUCCAAGUAGUUCCUGUCCAGAGCACCAGUAAGCGGGCCCGGAUCCUGGACGCCGAGGGUCUCGCCAUCGGGGCUCAGAUCGCCAUGUCGAAGAAGCGGCACCGGGAUCUGGUGGACGACUCCUUCCACAGGUUCGCCAACUCGGAGGACGGCGGCGAGAUUCCGGCCUGGUUUGUGGACGACGAGCGGAAGCACAGGAAGAGGCCUGUCCCCGUCACGCGGGAGAUGGUGGAGGAGUACAAGCAGAAGUGGAGGGAGAUCAACGCCCGGCCCAUCAAGAGACUGGCAGAGGCCAAAGCUCGCAAGAAGAGGAGGAUGCUGAAGAAGAUGGAGCAGGCCAAGAAGAAGGCCGAAGCCGUGGUCAACACGGCUGACGUCUCGGAGAGGGAGAAGAUGGCGCAGCUGAAAAGCAUCUACAAGAAGGCCGGCGUGGGAAAGGAAAAGCGGGACGUCACCUACGUGGUGGCAAAAAGGGGCGCGGGGCGUAAAGUGGCGCGCCCCCCGGGCGUGAAGGGCCUCUUCCGCGUCGUGGACGGGAGGAUGAAGAAGGACCUGCGAGGCAAACAGAGGAAGGAGCAGGGAGACAAGGGCAAGGGGGGCCGGAGCGGGGGCAGGGGGGGCAGGGGGGGCCGGAGCGGGGGCAAGGGGGGCCAGGGGGUAAAAACGGGCAAGGGACGUCCCAACAGGAAGUGAGGAACGCCAUCCCUCCUCUCCGUUCGUUUCCGGCCCCUUUCGCUCAGCCGGGACCGCUGUUUAACGAGCUGAGCCGUGUGUUGGCCACGCCUUCCACCUCCUUCCUGUUCUUUGCGCACCGUCACGCAGUCCUCUUGGACUUCUGCGUAUGAUGAGGCCUGCGGUGACGGUAGUUUCGGCUGAUUUGAGAUCAGUUUUGUCCUUCUCCUUUAUAAUGACCAAGGCAGAGUUUAUCAGCCCUGGUACUGAUGUACUGUCCGUUAUGUGAAGGGGAGUGUACAGAGGGCUUCCUGUGCUCCUGUCCUUAGGAGUGGAUGAAAUACAGAUGCGUUCUCUAAGCCUCCUAAUUGGAGAGUUUAAUUAUUGUGUAAUGAAAAUGUACUUUGGCUUAAAGUGGAGGUGUUAUUUGAACUGUGCAUUUCCAGUGUUGUGUUGAAUAUUUUUAAUUAAAAAAAAAGAUAUUCAUGUAUUUUCACCA